AAUGGCACAAGAGCAGUCUUCUAAAACAAAAAGUAAAGAAUCGGUAACCAGCAGCAAAGAAUCCAAACAACAAAAGAAGCUUCAAUCCUCUGAAAAUGGCAAAAUGAAAGAUGGCGUUAAAGAAAAUGGAGAACAGAAAGACGAAAUUGAUUAUGAUGAUGAAGCGUUGCUUGAUUCUGCUGCUAGUUCGGGACACAAAGUUUCUAUUUUGGGAGAAGAGUCUGUUCAUAGGGGACAGUGGGCUGGUCAAUUCGACUUUCUAAUGAGUAUGGUUGCCUAUGCAGUUGGAUUAGGAAAUGUUUGGCGCUUCCCUUAUCUGUGCUACAAAAAUGGUGGAGGUUCUUUUCUGGUUGUUUACGCUUUGUUCUUCGCUUUUGCUGCGGUUCCCAUUUUUGUUAUGGAAGUUGCUGUAGGACAGUUUUUGCAAAGAGGGGCUAUUGAUAUGUGGAAGAUGUGUCCAAUGUUCAAGGGUAUAAAUUUAAAAUAUUUUUUGGUUGGCUCAAUUUUUGGGAAAUUUUUGUUUAAAAGUUUGAAUUGUAGGAUUUUUAAUGAUUUUGGUUACCGCGAGGGGACGGGUUAUCCGAGAAAUUUUCAAGGCCCUAUCCGAGAUCCGACCUGGCUUUUUUCUUAA